AUGGCUGAGACCACAAGCAACAAGGGGGGCCUAACAGCCCCGCCAAACAGCCCAAUCCAGGGCGCCACUACUCCUCCAAGUUGCGACGAAAUUCAGUCAUGCUCACUCAUGGGUCCUAUCCCUAAGACCCGGAUGAGAGAACAAUUAGAAGAUGAGCCACCACAGUCAAGCUCUUCCUCUCGAGCUCCUUCUCCCUGUCAGCCAGUCACUCUUAGGGGCAAUAGCAUUGUCCUCUCACGCGCGAACUACGGCCGUCGAGGGGACGACGAAAUUAUACACGCGUCUGCCACUCCCUCGCUCAAAGACAAUGUGUCUCCGAACAACAGUCCUCCUCUGAAUCACUUGCUGAUUCGACUCAACCAAAAUGCAUUGCUGGCCUGUGGAAUUUUCAAUCACUCGAGGCCCUCGAACCCGUUUGCCCACUGGGAUGUGCAAUGCCUCAAUCAAUAUGGCGUCGAAGUCUACACAUGGCAUCUCCUUGCCUUUACCGAAUUGUCGACCAGUAAACAGCGCAAACGGUACAAGAGUAACGCUCAAUCGCUCGAACUACGCCUUCGUGACCUCCAAGCGCAUCUUCAACUGCGUGAUUAUGCUGUUCUUGAAGCAGAGUUUUCGGAUCGGCAGACCCUUGACGGUAUGACGAUGUAG